AUGAAGACCAAUGUUACGGAAUUUUCUAGGAGCCGUGAGAGCAGUCCUGACUUUGGAUUGGUUACGCCUCACUGUUGUGGCUUCUGCACGUUCGAGAAGGUCAACACAGCCAUGGGCAAUAAUGAGGCUGUUCAUGGACAGCUCAGACAGCAGGAGGGCCUUUUCAACUUACCAUCGGUUCGUCGUGCUCAUAGGGAGCAGGCUGAUGUCAAGUUCAGUAUUCCGAAUUCUCUCUCCGGGCUGGGAGCUCUCCGACGUCAAGAAAAGUCAUCUUCUGCGGGCAGUGAGGAGAGUCUGCUGUACUGGGAGCGUGAAACUCGGAGCCGUUCAAUUGACAUCCCUAAUAUCCUGAAUUCAUUUCUCGAUGGGAAGAUAAACCCUCAGGAGCUGCCCACUGGACCUAACCACCGUGCUGCCCAACAUUUCGGAAAAGCCACUCCCUAA